UUAAAGUAAAGGAGUUUUAUAACACUGUGCAUUAUAAAAAGACUUGUUGAAAUUAGUAAAACAAUAAGAUGGAAGAAAAGAAGCGAUCACCAACAGAGGAAGAUAACGAUGAAGAGGGAAGACGCUCUAGUCGGAGGAAGAAGGCAAAGGUUGAAUAUAAAGAAUCAGAUGAGCAAGUAACAACUGUGUCAGAUGGAGAAAUGGAAUCAGAUGAGGAGAAGAAAGACAAAGACAUAAAAGCACAAGAAGAAAAGAAACCACCUCAACAACAGCCAGCUCCUGCCCCAGCAAAGACUGACCCCGAGCCGGAGCCAGAAAACGACAGUGAAAAUGAUGACCCUACAGGUUUAGAAGGAGCAGCAUUCCAAAGCAGAGUUCCAUUUGACAAAAUGACAUCACAGGAAGCAGCAUGUUUUCCAGAUAUUUUGCAAGGGCCCCCUCAGUCCCAGAAAGUCUUUUUACAUCUUAGAAACAGAAUUCUUCAGUUGUGGCUGGAAAAUCCUAAACAACAGCUAACAUUUGAGGUAGCCCUUCCACAGAUUGAGGCACCAUAUAACAGUGAUGGACCACUAGUAAUGAGAGUACACACGUACCUAGAGAGAUUCGGCUACAUCAACUUUGGUGUAUUCAAGAGAUUGAAACCCUUACCUGUUAAAAAGCAUGGUAAAGUGAUAAUUAUUGGGGCUGGGAUAGCAGGACUGACUGCAGCCAGGCAGCUAAUGGCUUUUGGAAUGGAUGUCACAAUUCUUGAAGCCCGUGACCGUGUUGGGGGUAGAGUAGCCACAUUCAGGAAAAAUAACUAUGUGGCAGACCUUGGAGCUAUGGUGGUGACUGGUCUGGGUGGAAAUCCAAUGACCAUACUAAGCAGACAAAUUAAUAUGGAGUUGCAUAAAAUUAAACAGAAAUGCCCUUUGUAUGAGACCAGCGGUAGCACAGUCCCCAAAGAUAAAGAUGAAAUGGUAGAGAGGGAAUUCAACAGAUUACUAGAGGCCACAUCUUAUCUCUCUCAUCAGAUGGACUUUAACUUUGUCAACAACAAACCGGCCUCACUAGGACAGGCCCUAGAGGCAGUCAUCAAAAUGCAGGAGAAACAUGUAAAGGAAAAGCAGUGUGAACAUCAGAAACAUAUUUUAGAGUUACAGGAGAAACUGAAAAAGAACCAGACCACGAUGUUGUCUCUGAAAGACAAAGUGGAGGAGCUACACAAACAAUGGAAGGAGGCUUCAGAGGUCAAACCGCCAAGGGACAUAACUGCCGAGUUCCUGGUCAAGAGCAAACUACGAGAUCUCAAUGCUGCGUGUAAGGAGUAUGAGCAGCUGCAUACACAGCAGAAAGAAAUUGAAGAUAAACUUCAUGAGAUGGAGACAUCAUCACCAAGAUUUGGUUGCAGUGAUGUUUACCUGUCCUCACGUGACAGACAGAUCCUGGACUGGCACUUUGCCAACCUGGAGUUUGCUAAUGCCACGCCCCUUUCUCUUCUGUCACUCAAACAUUGGGACCAGGAUGAUGAUUUUGAAUUUUCUGGGAGUCACUUGACAGUACGAAAUGGCUACUCCUGUGUCCCAGUAGCCUUAGCAGAGGGUCUGGAUAUCAAACUUAACACAGCGGUCAGGAAGUGCAAUCACACAGCCACAGGGGUGGAGCUAGUGGUCAGUAAUGCUAAAAAUAACUCUAACCAACAAACCCUGAAGGCAGAUGCCGUCCUGUGUACCUUGCCCCUGGGGGUGCUGAAGGAAUGUAUCAAGGGGAAUGGUCUCAAUUGUGUUCAAUUCAAUCCACCAUUACCAGAGUGGAAAUCCUCAGCCAUUCAAAGAAUGGGCUUCGGAAACCUCAACAAAGUAGUGCUAUGUUUUGACAGAGUGUUCUGGGACCCUAAUGCUAACCUGUUUGGUCAUGUUGGUAGUACAACAGCUAGUAGGGGGGAACUCUUUCUUUUCUGGAAUCUCUAUAAGGCUCCGGUGCUGCUGGCUCUGGUUGCCGGGGAAGCAGCAGCCAUCAUGGAAAAUGUCAGUGAUGAUGUCAUAGUUGGACGGUCUCUUGUGGUUCUCAAGGGUAUUUUUGGCAACAAUGCAGUCCCCCAACCCAAAGAGACCUUAGUGACCCGCUGGAGGGCAGACCCUUGGGCACGUGGUUCUUAUUCUUUUGUGGCCGCUGGGUCCUCAGGCAAUGACUACGAUUUGAUGGCCACCCCUGUUUCAAAUUCUCCUGGCAGUUUACCUCGCCUCUUUUUCGCUGGGGAACACACAAUCAGAAACUACCCAGCCACCGUCCAUGGUGCCCUGCUCAGUGGACUUCGAGAGGCGGGACGUAUAGCUGACCAGUUCCUGGGGGCCCCUUAUGCUCUACCAACGCACAAAAACGAAGGAGUGAAGACAUAAUACCAAAGAACAUUUGUCAUUCAAAGUCAUUAAUAAUUCUAUCACUGAGACAUACCAUAUGAAUGUGGCUGGCAUAAUUACAGAUGAAUGCAGAGGCUGUUUUUUUUUUCUCAACAUUAUCCAGGUAGCAUUUCCUCAGUAUCAUAGAAGAGCCAGGAUGAUUGGCAAAAAUGGCAGCAACAAUUAGUUUUUGCAUUCAUAAGAUGGCAUUAAAUGAUCAGCUUUUUAUGUUGUUUUUACUAGUAUGUAGUAUGUGAAUGACUUUCCAUCAUCUUUUUCUCUACACUUGGCGAUAAACAUAAGAUUUUAAAAAAAAAUAACACUGACUUAAUUUCAUUAAUUUUCAGUGGUUCACUGUGUGUGUGUUUGUAUCAUUUUUGCUUUUCUAUGCACACUACACUGUAAAAGCAAGCAUUAUAUGAUCCAAUAAAACAUGCAAAAAUC